GUUGGUCUCGUUGGUCUGAAGAGUAUUUCUAACGCCGACAGGGGUACAAUGGGGUGAGAGUAACUGUCCUUGGGUUCUAUCUUAACCAUGAACCAUAUUCGACAACCAAUUUACCAUCCAAACACGAAGGACGAUCCACGUCAUAAAUCGUUAUGCAUGUAACAUUGCAUUGGCAGACAAGCCCCAAGCAAUUCCAGUAGAAUAAAUCAAAAUUAGUUAUCAUUCAUAUUAAACUUUAAGCUUUCUUUCCUUACAAACUCCUUCAUCUUUCUUAGAACUGUUAUAAUUACAUUUUUCUCAAUUCUCAUCUUUUUCAGAGAUUUCUUAUACAUACUGCUAUCCAUUCACAAUUAUUCAAAACAAUUAUUUUUCUAUUUUGUUGCUUUACACGCAUCAGCCGGAAAAUUAUCAAUGCAUUGUCUUGCAUUAUACCUUUUCUGGUAUUAACGUAACGCUUAAGGUACCAUUUUUCCAGGCUACGACAAAAGCACGUGUCUGCAUGUGCUUGGGGCAGUGAACAGAGGGCGACAUGUAGUUGUAUGUCCAAAGAUGAUGUUUGAUUCCGACAGAGUAAACCUUUACAGAACACACAUUAAUUACAAAGGCCUUCUCGUCAACACCCAAAAUCCUGAAUGGCGAGGAAUGGAGGUACAGGGCACCAGUGGGAAGAUGUUGAAGAAUUACAGAGGCACCUGCAGCACCUCCCCACUGCCCUCUAGCAACCUGGUGUACUGGGAGGUGGAGGCGGAUGUGGAACUGGACAAGCCUCUGGGUGGUCUAGACCUUGUGUUGGAGGUCGGAGUGUGUGGAGAGGAUGUCAUGAACAGUAGUCAUUUUAUCGGCGAUAAGCCUAAUUCAUGCAGUCUGUGCCUAUCAAAUGAUGAGAACAAUGUGAGGAGGUUUAUAGCUUUUAAUGGAAAGGAUAUAGCAACAUCUGAAGUGUUUGAGAAUAAGGUAGGAACAUCCGUGACAGUAAGGUACGGAGUUCUUGUUGAUACUGACAAGAUGGCGGUAUCCUUCCUGGACACCAACAAAAGAGAAGUGUUGGGAACUGGAUGUAUUGCUGACAGCAAGCCACAACAUAGUGCUGGGUACAAGAGAAAGAUGUGGCCUGUAUUUGCAGUUUAUAGUAGCCCAAAGAGAGUUGAAAUGAAACUCGUGAGUGGACCGGAUCUACAGAUGGAUGACUGGAAAAAGAAGCUUCUCGAAGACGCCAUACAUGUGUACUGAAGGGAAUUGAUACUGAGGCUACAGUCACAGCUCCCUCAGGAUCACAUGAAGUUCAACUGUUUUUGGACAUUUGCUUAAAUGUUAAAUAUGUGCAGAGAUUAUAAAUGGCCGUUCCGCAUAAUUGAUAAAGAAAUGUGAUCUAGCGUGUUCGAAGAAUAAGGAACUUGCUAUAGGUGAUUUGUUUGAAAAGUACAUUUGAUAGGCAAUUAGGUAAGAUGCCUUUGGAGAUGCUCAUGUGGGUUUGGUUCGGAAUAUUAUUGUUUGUUAUGAUUAGGUCUGUAGAUGAGGAUUUAAAUGUGAAUCUAUUUGAAAUGUGCAUAUAUCUGAAAUAUGAAUCUCUGAUUAUGAAUUUCUUUCUCCCCUCCCUCAGAUCCCCACCCCCCAAAGAAUUAAACGAAACAAUACUAGAAAGAUAAAUAAUAUGUUGGCUCGCAUAUGACAAGUAUGAAUCGCAUGUAUGUAACACCACCAAAUGAAACUACAGCAUUUUUCAAUUCAAACAGCCACGAUUACUGUCUCCUCUGAGUACUCUGGAACAAUCUGAC